AUGGCUCCUCCGCGAAGUCGCCAUGCGAAGUCCUCGAGCGUCGCGUCCAGCAGCAGUGCAGCCGACAUCGCAAAUGGCAUUGCCACCACUCCGAGCUCCAAAUCGGACCCUUCUUCUCCCACCACCACCACCAGUGCAGCCCGCAACAGGCGUCCUUCGCGCUCGACCGCGUCACUGACCGGCUCACCGGUCGUCAUCAUCCCAAAGGCCUCCACGAGGUCGGAAUUCCAGAGCAUCUCAAAAACCAAUGUUGUGCAAAAGAAAGGAUUUGAUCCAAUGAAGUUGGCCGCCACCGUGGUGUUGAGUACCGUGCUGGAGGCAGGGCUACAUUCGGCGGAGUCCAUGGUCGGAGUAGGUGAUCUCGCGGCAGUCUCGAGGCGGCCCGAUACAUGGAUUGAAAUACUGGGAUUGCUGGGCUGGAAAAUAGCCAAACUAGGGAUAUAUUGGGUCGGCGAUUACGAUGCGUACGACGUCGCCUCCCUUUCCCUCCUUCUCAACACCCCGCCCGCCAUUCUCCUGGGCCUCUUCUACGAGAUCUCUCCAAUAACACUGACGUCGACCGUGCUCUCCUCGAUGAUCGGGAAUUCCCUUCCCUACUAUUUCCUCCGUCCUCUGUCUCCCUCGCACCAGCCGAACAGCGCGCCGAAAGCAAGUCUUCGCAAUCGACCGAUCCUGACCGAUCCAUACACCACUGUUGCGACGUCUCUCCUUGCGACAGCCAUCUUUGCCGUCCUGCUCGAAGCAAGUUUCGCGACUUUCCUGCCCACCUGGCUCGUGGUCUAUUUCACGGGUCUCAGGACCCUAGAACCCGCACACCUGGGUCCCGCUGGUCUGCCGACGCUCCUCCUGGCUUUGAUUCCAGCGGGCUGGGCGUGCAUGGAAUUUCUCUUUGCACCAUCGACCGCGGCCGCGGGAGUUCCUACCUCCACUGGCACAGUUGCAACCGCGGACCCGGUCUUUGAUCCUUCCACCGCAACAUUCUGGGAGCACGCUUACCACAACGCGUGGGGAUGGUACUCGGCACGUCAGAAAGAACUUAUUGGCCGCACAGGAUUGUUGACCGCCUUGGUACUCGCGGAGACCGUCUUGACACUUUGGGGGACAAUCGCUGGGGUGGAAGUCGAAGGAGCGCUGGGCUAUGCUGGCGUCUGGGGCUUGGGUUGCGUGGUGACAGGGGCUGUAUUGGACUGGGUCGGAGGGCCAAGUGAUUGA